AUGUCAGCAAGGAGCGGUGUUGGGAGAAACCGUGCAUCGAAAAGGCGCACAUCGAAAGCGUAUAUCAGCGACUUGCAAGAAAAGCUGGCCGCAUCCGAGCGGCGAGCAUCUUUGAUGGUCUCACAAGACCCGCCAUUGGAUCAACAAGCAAACAACAAAACGCUAGAAAUCCCUGGUGAUGCCACUGAGAGUUAUCUUUCAACACAGGACCGCACAGUGGGAAACAUUUUCCCCAUUACGCCCUCAUCUUCGACUGUACUCGCUUCAUCUCUUGGCGUCCAUGUGCCCACAAACGAGGCACCGCUCACAAAUCCACUAGCUUUCCAUACAAUAGACUGGGUUCCGGGUCCUAGUGGUACUCCCGUAUUUAUGGGAACGUCUUCCAAUUGGGCUUUCAACCGACGGGUCUUAUCUAUGACCCAUGAAGCAAUCACCGGCACUGCUUUAUCCCCAGAGAACCUAUUCUUUGACGGAAAGGUUUACGACUUGAGGUGGGAUGGAGGCCGAAUCUCAUCUUCAGGGGACGAUUUCAGCCUUGCCAGUUUGCCGACUCAGGAUUUUGCAAUCUAUCUGAUUAAUUCCGUCAAGUUUCACUGCUGCCGGUUGUUCUAUCUGUUUGAAGAGGACAGUUUCAUGGAGCACUUUGCCACAUUCCAUGCAAGUGCCGCGGAUCAGUCAAAAGUCCCCCGGCUGUGGUUCGUUCACUACCUCAUUAUCUUAGCAUUCGGCAAGGCGUUUAUCGUACAGACAUCAAAGUCACACCAACCUCCUGGAGCAGACCUGUUUGUGCAAGCUAUGAAGCUUAUGCCGGACUUCACCUUCUUCGAGUGUGACUACAUAGAAAGGAUGCAGGUACUUUGCUGUACCUCGCUGUAUCUUCACUGCAUAAGUUGUCGGCCCGCUGCUUAUCGAUAUGUUGGUGAGCCAUGCCUCUCUCUCUGGCCUCAGCUUCCGAUAAACCUCUUCCAGGUUGGACAGGCGCUUAGCACAGCGUUCGAACAUGGCCUACAUACCGAGAUGCAGAGCCACCACCUAGACGAGACGUAUGUUCAGAGGUGCAGGCUAGUAUGGUGGACAAUAUAUGUCUUGGAGCGUCAAAUGUCAGCACUCAUGGGAGUGCCUAUGUUCAUCUCGGAUGAAUGCGUCUGCACACCGUUCCCCAUAUUUUACGAGCAAGCACAAAGAACCAGCGCUUUGCACAUACAGAUCAAGUUGGCGCAGGUACUGGGGCAGAUCCAUCAGACUGUUUAUGGCAUUGAAGGACAGCUCGACAGUCGCUACUUGGGUGCCACAAAGGCUGUUCUCCAAAGUAUAGCAGGCCUCGCUACCGACCUCCAUGCUGCAGUCGCCAUGUCUAUGGCUGCAGCUAUUGAGCCGACUCUGUUUCCCGACAAAGCAGCGUGGUCUCAACGGGUGUUCCUCAUCCUCGAAGAAAUGAGCUCUCACGGUAACCAGGCCCUAGGUUUGGAGUUUGAGCAAAGCCUGGCUAUGGAGGCCGAGCUUAGCACAGACCUUCUGAUCGAUAUCGCUAACUCGCUGGAUCCUGAGAGCUUGAGCUGGGAUUUCCCCGUAGCUGAAGGCUAG